CUUCAGUAUUGCCGUAACUGGCGUCGGUGUCGGUUGUUUUAAACAUAAAACAAUCGCGAUUUUUCGACAUGCACAUGUUUAGUACGCGCAAACGUUAACGUGAUUAAAAAGAUACAAAACAAUUAUUACAAAAUUCAUUAGCAACACUCCACAAUGCCGAAUAAUUAAUAGAAUUAGAAUAAAUUAUUAAAAAAAAAAGAAAUGGAACCGGAUCCUUUAAUCGAGAGUAACAACGUUUCGUCCCUUCCAAAAGGGUCGUCGAAAUCAUCAUUGAAAUCGACUUUCGAGUUUCCAAAAUGUCAUCAAAAUCAUCAUUCUAUGGUGACGAGCUCCUCCUCAUUUUCAACGUUAAAGAAAACGAAAAAACACUUGGUGGUGUGUGGUGUGUGUGUAACUUUAGUGUGUUUCCUGUUAGCGAUUGUUGUGUACAGCUCUUGGCGUGAGGUGAUGUUAAAUGAUCGCCUCAAUCAGGUCGAGGAACGAUUGGUAGCUUUGGAAAGGAGAUCAACGUCGCCGUUUCAACAGGAAAGCUUGGACGUUUUCGUGGAACGUUACAGGAGGAGCGUCGAAUCGAGACUCAAACAAAGGGUGACCAGGGAGGUUCUCGGACAUCAACGAACCCUUUUUGAUCAAGAAGCUAAAAGAAGGGAUGCUAGGGAUGUUAAUGAUUGUACAUGCCCACCGGGACCACCUGGACCUCACGGACCUCCUGGAAUUCCAGGAAAAAGGGGUAGAAAAGGCAAAAAAGGUGACCCCGGGGAAGCCGGAUCGCCGGGUCAAUCUGGUAUUCGCGGUUAUCCAGGAUUUCCGGGCCCUAUUGGACUUGAUGGCCCGAAGGGUGAACCUGGUCGACCUGGAGAUAAGGGCCAAAAAGGUGAAGUGGGUAAUCCGGGAUUCGACGUUCUUUCAGCUGUAAAGCUUCCCGGAAGGGGUUUAAAACGAUCGGUGACAACGUUACGUGGGGGCACAUUGGGUUAUGCUGAAAUAGUCGCCGUCAAGGGCUUACAAGAAAGAGGCCAUAACGUUUCCGCUGAAACUAUCAUCACACUUAAAGGUGAACCUGGAGAACCUGGUCCGCCGGGUCCUGCGGGUCCUCCAGGUCCCGAAGGCCCAUCGGGACACGAUGGAAGACAAGGAAUACCUGGUGAACCUGGACCAGUGGGCGAACGAGGUGAACAAGGUCCAAUUGGACCGGUUGGACCACCCGGAAUCGAUGGAUUAAUAGGACCUAAGGGCGAAAAAGGCAACGUUGGCCCCCAGGGUUACACCGGACUUCCCGGAAACAUGGGACUCCCUGGCGACAAAGGUGAUAAAGGCGAAAGAGGAUUAACAACGACAUUAACCGGGGAUCAAUUUCCAACGGGGAUCAUCGAAGGUCCUCCAGGACCUCCAGGACCACCCGGUGAAAAAGGCGAACCGGGUCCCGUCGGACCUCCAGGACUCCCCGGGGACAAAGGGGCGCGUGGGAGACGCGGAAAAAGGGGUCCUGAAGGUUUGGACGCGUCCAUUUUAAGUAGGGGCCCCCCAGGACUCCCCGGGGAUAAAGGGGACCGAGGCGAUGAAGGCCCAAAAGGUGGUAAAGGCGAAAUAGGCCCUAAAGGUGAUGUAGGCGCCCAAGGACCCAUCGGCGAAACGGGAAUAAAUGGUGAAGCUGGACCGCAAGGUCCACCUGGAUUACCAGGAAUGACUGGUCCCAAAGGUGAAAAAGGUGAAUACGGAGAUAUUGGACCCCCGGGGUUAAUGGGACCACCGGGACUUCCUGGACCACCAGGUUAUCCAGGACAAAAAGGAGAAAAAGGGGAAAAGGGAGAGUCUAAAUACAAGAAAUUGAGGCGACGACAGUUCCAGGGAGAUGGAACCGGAGAAAUAAUUAAUGGGGAUAGAGAUAUUGUAAUGGGUCCCCCAGGACCUCCGGGUCCUCAAGGAACUCCGGGACUCCAAGGUCCACCCGGAAUCAAAGGAGAUCGAGGGAUGGAUGGUAUAAAAGGAGAACCAGGUGAAAAGGGAGCUAGAGGUGAUCCAGGUCCAAUGGGAUUACCCGGGCCAAUGGGUUUGAGGGGUGAAAGUGGUCGACCCGGAGACUACGGAAAACCGGGGCCGAUGGGACCGCCUGGAUUAGAUGGAAUGAAAGGUGCUCAAGGUGAACCAGGAACGAAAGGUGAACGGGGUGAUCCUGGAUUACCUGGUACAGAUGGAAUUCCAGGACAAGAGGGUCCUAAGGGUGAUAAAGGAUUUAAAGGUGAACCUGGUCCUUUAGGAAAACGAGGCCGGAAAGGUGACAAAGGAGACAAAGGCGAUCAAGGAGUUCCCGGUUUAGACGCACCGUGCCCUCUAGGAGCCGAUGGAUUACCUUUACCAGGAUGCGGAUGGCGACCACCAAAAGAUAUUUUAACAUAUUCACCAUCUACUCCGGCUACCAAUUCACAUUUCGACGAUGAAGAGCCACCCGAAGAAAUUGGAAACGAAGGUGAUUAUGAAGAGGGCGAAGAAGAUUACCCAGAGGAAUAUCCGGAUCAUUUAAAUUCAGCUCUUCCGGUUGCUUCUGUUGAUAUUUAACAACUAAUCAUGGUUUUUUGUUUAACUAACAGUUUAAUUCGAUGAAAAAUUUAAAUCAAUGGAAAUUGAUUAAAGACGUUGCAAAGAAGUUUUUUAAAGUACUUACAGUGAAAGUGCCCCAUAACGAGUUAUGUAUAUAUUAAGAUUUCCUUUUUUCAGGUUUUCGUUACACAAAAUAACAAAAAUUUUUGUAAUUAUAUUGUACAUAAAAAUAUGACUAUUGAUAGAAAUGUCAAGUGGUAGAAUAACUAUAUGAUAGAUUUAUUAAUAAGUAGAUUAGAAUAUUUGUAGUAAUUA